UUUACCACGGUUUUAACAGUAGUGACGGUACCAUAGCACAACUUGGUACGAGCUACGAUCAUGGCUGACAGUUUUUUAUAUCGCUAAAUGCCUGUGACAAGCGACAGACUACAAUAGAACAUCCUUUUUCGAUAGAUAGGUUCACUGAAAGUGUCUUCCUCGGUACUAGAAUUAGUAUAGGUACUGAUAGGUGCAACUUUAGUCGUACUUUCAAGUAAGUUAAUAGAUUGAUAGAACUAAGUCUUAAGUGGGACCGGUGUGCAGACGUAGAAAUGAAUGGUACUGCUAAAAUAGCCGAUAGAAAUAAAUUUGGAUCUAAAACAAGAAUGUCUACACUGCUUAAGUGGGCUCAGAACACUCAAGGAAAACUGAGCAGUAACAAGAACAGUAACAGCUCUGAGAAAAAAUGGAUUCAUUCUCCGGAAUCAUUACAGAAAGGUCACAUAGCUUACUUGGUGAAAUUUUUAGGAAACACAAUGGUAGAUGAGCCAAAAGGAAUAGAAGUGAUCAAAGAAGCGAUAAGAAAAUUGCGGUUUUCACAACAACUAAGGAAAAGCGAAACAGGGGCUAAAACUAAAAAGGUGGAACUUACAGUGAGCGUAGACGGAGUGGCUAUUCAGGAACCCAGAUCCCACAAUAUUCUACAUCAGUUUCCCUUACAUCAGAUUUCGUACUGUGCAGAUGACAAAGGCGAAAAAAACUUCUUUUCGUUCAUCGCCAAACAGCAGAGUCAAGAUGGAGAUGCCGAAGAUAAACACGAAUGCUUCGUAUUCAUCUCCGAAAAACUGGCAGAAGAAAUAACCUUAACCAUAGGCCAGGCUUUCGAGCUGGCCUACAAAAGGUUCUUGGAAACUUCUGGUAAAGAUUUAGAAGCCCAAAGGCGCGCGAUGAUCGUCCAGCAAAAAAUAAAAAAACUGGAGCAAGAUGUAAAAGUGUACCGGCAAAGAUUACAGGAUAUCAGUCAGUUUCCUGGCAUAAAACCGGAGCUUGAUCAGUAUUUGAAGAGAAAACAGCUGAGAAAUAUAUUAGAAAUAGGCGGUUCCGUGAAUAAUAACGAUUCUAUACAGGAUCAAUCAAGUUCAAAGAAGGAAACCCACGAAUUCUUGGAUUUGAAUGACAUGAACGGAUCAGCGCCUACAGUUCCUCAGGUACCACCAAGGGAACCUCCAACAGUAGGAACCAGACUCGAAGGACUUUUACUAAAUGAACUGGAACAUGACAACGACUUUGAUCCAAGAUCUUUUGAAAAUAACACUAAUUUUCCAUCAAGUCCUCCACCAUUAAUUGCUCCGCCGCCUAAACCAGCAAAAAGAAACAAUAUUUCAAUAAAUUUAAACAAUGAUUUAAGUAUACCGUCUCAAAUUACUCCGUCCACUCCCAGUAUUACUACACCUACCAGUGCAACCAGUGCCAAAAUAUUAGAUCCUUUUGAAAUGGGUGACUUUUCCACAACUUCGGCUACUCCACAGGAUAUAGAGAAUGCUAUAGGUCUUUUGGAUAAAAGAAUAAUGGAGAUGAAAACUGGUUUUAGUCGAGGAAUAAGCUUUGGUAAUGAUGAUUUCUCUCUGGACAACUUAGAUCCACUAAAAAAUUGAAAAAUGAAACUCAGGAAUCAAUUCGAACAAAUUCUUAUUGUGAUUUCAUCUUUAGACUAGCAAAAAUAUACGAUAUCUUUAUAUAAAUUGUUAUUAAGUUAUGUAUAUCAUCAUCAGAACACUAUUUUUCUAUGUAUUUGUAAAUAAGAGGUUUAUUGCUUAUUUUGUUACGAAUUUUCAUAAAACUAAUAAUAAAAAGAAAAUUUAAUA